GUGCUAACCAACACUGACAGAAAAAUAUGUAAACAAAACAGAAGGAAAAUUGCAGAAAAUUCGCGUAAAAAACCUUGAAAAUCCCACUAAAACGGGGUUACAACAAUGCUAUAAAGUGCCACGGAGUGCCAACCAAACUAUUAGAACGGGAGUGCUCUAAAAACCCAGAUGUAGCUACACGAGUUAAUGAAAAAUCCAUAGAUAUCAGAUCACAAUCGCAUCGGCAGCAAACUGUUGACCCCGCCGACCCCACCAUCAGCGCCACAACCACCCCAACCCCGCCCCACUGUCCCCGCGGAAAGUGGGCACUGUGUGACAUACAUGCGCGUGUGUGUGCGGCGCAAUCAACGCCCCCAAAACCCAAGCAAACUGUCCCGAUUCGUCAUCGAUUUACGGCGGAGCUAAAGACAAACAACAAUGCGACUUCGCUGAAAACUGGACAAAUUGAAAGCCCCGAAACCCCCUCUCUGAUUGAAACCUAGGAGAAGCGUAAAUAACUGAUUUCUGUGUGUUUCGACUAUUCCGAAAAUGCGCAAUACCUAGGCCCUUGGGAAGGGAAAUAAGCAAAAGGCAACGGGACACCACGGACUAGUUGACAAAACAAAGCAAAAUCCGGACCUACAGCAACCUUGAGUGUUGUCCAGGAUGGACGAUAAUUUGAGCACCAAGAGCUCCGAGUCCUCUAUAACGACCAGCGGCGAGUACGAAAUAGUCACGGACAGCAAUGUGGCCAGUCCCACAGAGCACGGACCGAAUCGCAGGGUAAUCAGCCAGGAUCCAAAGACUUCUACGGAGGAGAAAGGCAAGAAGCCGCCCACUUCUCUGAGUGCUUUGGCCCUGUCCUCGCCGGAGGGAGGUGGCGAUCGCUCGCCCACACUGGACAUGGCCCACAAUCGCAAUCUGAGCGACAUGGAGCACGAGAUGACGGACGCGCUAAGGGAUCUAGAACUGGAGCGUGGCGUAGCCGCCUCCGCUGGGGAGAAGAGCUGCUCGCAAUCACGUCUCCCAAGUCAGCAAAAGUCCCUGACCUUGCCAUUAACAGGCUCCAGCGGUAGGUCGCUCGAUCCGGAGAUGCGUUUCCCAUGCACCCUGUUCUCGCCCAAGAGCGAGGAGACUCUGGACGAUGCCUCCAGCUCGAACCGAGUGGGCCAUUCGGUGUUCUACGACUGCAUCGAUGCGAGUCCCGCCUGCGUGGAGGAGAAGCAGGAUGCCAUGAAGCCGGAGAAGCCGGGCGACACCACCGACGAGGAGGUUUCAGAGAUCGAUCAGGGCUGCACCAUAUUCUCGGGAGUCACCUACCUGGGCGCCGCCAACAUCAAUGCCCCCAAGUCCGAGGGCGAGGUAUAUCGCAUCAUGAGCGAGCUGAACAGUGGCUCAAAGUCGGUGGGUCUCAAGAUCACCGUCAGCAUUCCCAACUGCUCCGACGGACUGGUGGUCCUGCACGAUGCAGAGAGCAACACGAUUAUAGCCACCUACGAGAUAUCCAGCAUCAUCUUGUACUACCGAGGACCCGUGGACACGGCGGAGAAUGGCUGCUUUGCCUUCACGUGGCUGCACGGCGAUGCGCUGUUCCAGUGCCAUAUUUUCCGCUGCCAUAUCCCCGAGGCGGUCAACCAAGUCAGCGCCUGCUUCCAGAAGGCUUUCCAGACGUAUCCGCCCAGCAUGAGUUGCAGUCUCAACUCGGCCGUGGACAUGGCCAACUCGGUGACGUCGGACGUGAGCGGCAAUCCCCUGAAUUCAGCUGGCUACGAGUUUAUCGUCUCCCUGGAGAUACGCGAGAGGGUGGCCAAGAAUUCGUAUGCCGCCGUUCCCCGGGAUAGGGGCUGCUUCAAGCUGCGGGCCAAUACGGACAAGGAGGUGUGUAUCACCGUCAAGCAGACGCCCUCAAAUAUCCUCCAGCCCUUGCAUAUCGAGCGCUGUUUCGGCGUUCUGGUGGCCCCCGGAAAGCUGGUGGUCCAGAAGGAUAUGCAUCUGAUCGACAUGCACAGCAUGGGCUACGUUCUGCCAGCAGCAGGAACAAGCGGCGCGGAAGCGGACAGCAACUCGCAGCAGAACUCCUCGCUGCCGUACGCCAUUCGGGCGGAGUGGAAGGCCCAGGAAAAGGCCUUCGAGCAACUGAACCUUGAGUCGUCCAAGACCAAUCUCACCGUGGCCGUGGAUAUCGUGAUGCGCCGCAUCCAGGAGCCCGUUCGAUUCGUAAUCGAGACCCCAGUGACCAUCCAGUCGGCAAGCGAGAUGCGCAUCAUGGACCACUUCAUGUCCAAACGCCCGAUGACGCUGCGCUUCUACUUGCACCUCAAGCGCACCGACGAGUCCAACUGGAAGGUGAACAGCAUCGAUCCUUCGGAGGAGAUCACCGAGCAGCCGGCUGGGAACCAGCAGAGCUCCUCCCUGCUCAAGCUGGGCAUGAACAAUCUCUCCCGCAUCGUGCGCAGCUCGUCCAUAGCCUCCAUCGAGGAUGACUGCCCCACAGACUACAGCAGCGACGGGGAUGAACCGCUGCUGAGUGGCACGGGGGAGGUGUCCAAGGAUUGUUCACAGGACACCCUGGACGAGUGGGAUCCCAUACUGCGCGAGUGGGAUGGCGAGAAGAGGCCCAAGAACCUGGCUCCCCUAGUGCGUCUGGGUGUGCCGGAAGCGUUGCGCGAGAAGAUUUGGCAGAAGCUGGCCAAUGUGGAGGGCAGGCUGGAGAUGAACGACAUGUACAAGAUUCUCAUCACCAAGGAAACCAAAUGCGAGACAGUCAUUCAGCGGGACAUUCAUCGCACUUUCCCGGCGCACAAAUGCUUCAAGGAGACGGGCGGUUCCGGCCAGGAUGCCCUCUUCAAGGUGUCCAAGGCCUACGCGGUGCACGACAGCGAGGUUGGCUACUGCCAGGGUCUCAGUUUCAUCGCCGCCAGCCUACUGCUCCACAUGCCCGAGGAGGAUGCCUUCUGCGUGCUGGUGGCCCUCAUGUACGACUACGGGCUGCGUGAUCUGUACAAAGCAGGCUUUGAGGUCCUCUAUUUGCGCCUCUAUCAGCUGGAGCGCCUGAUCAAGGACCAGCUGCCCAGGCUGCACGAACACUUCACCGCCUGCGGCAUUGAGACGCACAUGUACGCCUCCCAGUGGUUCCUCACCCUGUACACGGCCCGGUUCCCCCUCUGCUUUGUGUUUCACGUGCUGGACGUGUUCCUGCUGGACGGCCUGCCGGUGCUCUUCCAGGUGGCCGUGACUCUGCUGUCCAUCUGCGAGUCGGAUCUGCGGCAGCUGGAUUUUGAGGGCAUCCUGAAGUACUUCCGGGUGACCCUGCCCAAGAAGUGCCGCAGCUCCAGCCAGGCCCGCAAGGUGAUGAAGCAGGCCUGCGAGCGAAAGAUCAAGAAGCUGAAGCAGUACGAGGAGGAGUUCCUGCUGAAGAAGCAGCACAAGGAGCGCCUGGAGAAGGAGGCGCAAAUCUACGAGAGUCGCUUCGGCGAGGAGCGGCGCAAGCUGCAGGCGGAGAUCGAGGCCCUGGCCCAGCAGCUGUCGACCGCCAAGGAGCGGGCCGUGGAGAAGGAGAAGAAGCACACGGGCAUCAUACAGGAGUACAAGCAGAUCAUUCAGCGCCAAGAGCAGGACAUGAACACCCUCAGCGAGACGCUGAGCAAGGUUAUGCACACGGUUUCCAAAUGCCAGGCUUGCCUGCAGCAAAUCGACGGGGGAAACGAUAACGCCAGGUCUUCGGAUGGCUUCGGUUCCAUGCGGCAAACGGAUGCCAUGCGUAAUGCCAACGAGCCGCCACUGGGACCUCUCGAUCCGCUCAAUGCCGCCUCGCAGCGCAUCCGCGAACUGGAGCUGGAGCUGGCUCAGGCCAAGCUGGCCCAGGUGGAGGCGGAGUGCAAGAAUCAGGACCUCAACCAUCAGCUGAGCAACACGAUCAGCGAGCUGCAGACCAACAACCGCAACAGCUGGCAGCCCUGGCUAUCGAAGACCUUCAACUCGCUGCAGGAGAAGGUAACCACCCGUGGCGCCGGCCAUCGGGACAAUGGCAGUGGGCCAACAUUCCAGUCCUACAUGGGCCAGGCACCCACCACCCUCAGCGAGGCCAGCUCUCCCAGCGGCAAUCAGGAGUACAAGACCUUCGCCUUUGCCUCGGUGGGCGGUUCGCCGAAGUUGCCCCCCAAAUUCCAGGCCACAAAGCUGCGCAACAGCAUCGACAGCCUGCGGAAUAUUGUGGUGCCACUGGACACGGGCAAGUCCCUGGCCGAGAAUCUCAAGCAGCAGCUGCAGCAGUAGGAGCAGCAAUAAAGAUGUAGGUGGCUCUGGAUAGCAGACAGGCCUACGGCAUGGACUAUGCCCUGGUAUUAUUUAUCAUCAUAUUCGUCUAUAUACAAAUCUAUAUAAGCAAAUGUGCAUUUUGAUUUCCAUAUACAAGUA